CGACAUCCGCGUCGUCUCUCGAUCUACUUUCCCUGUCCUCACUACGCUUCCUCCUUCCUCUCCAAUCGAUCGCACAAGUGAUUUCUCGACUAAAUCUCCAGCAAUCACAAGAGCUAUUAGAUCGCGCCACACAGAGCCCUAAGUGCAUACCGAAAUCAGAUUCGCCGCAUUCCCGCAGUGGAUGCGAUCAAAUGAAGGGCGUGGGCUAGGAAGGAUGGACGCCGAAGCCCAGCGCUUGCUCUCCUCUCGUGCCGCUACUCGUUCGGAUAGGAGUAACCGGAGUCCUCGUUCCAAAGACUCCGACAGUAGUGCCGCUUCUAACAGCAAGGGCGUCAAAGAUCCGUUGAAGAUGAUCUGGCGACGAGGUUUCACGCGCUUGGUCCUCGUGUCCGCCAUUUUGUGGAUCCUGCUCAUCCUCUUCGCGUUGCUUUUUCACUUGUGGUCUUGCCAUUCUUCUAUAAUCUUUCUAUCAGCUCUUUGUAAAAAAGAUAGCAAAGUUCUUGUCAUGUUAGACACAAUGGGUCUCACUCCACAGCCACAACAUCGGUGUCCAAUCCCUCUUGCAGAUGAACCAGACACCAUAGUUAUUCCAGAGAUAACACCUGAUACGAUUCCCAAAACUCUAAGUUAUAUAAUGGAAGAUGAGGGAGGGAAUAAUAGUGAGAAGUCUCAACCAUUAUUUGGGGGUCAUCAAAGCUGGUUGCAACGGGAAAAUAGUUUCAAGUUGAACACAACUACGAAGGUGCACUGCGGAUUCAUUAAAAAUGGUGGUGCGGAAAUGGAUGCUAUAGAUGUGCAAUAUGCACAGAAGUGUAAGUUUGUUGUCGCCUCUGGCAUCUUUGAUGGGUAUGAUACUCCCCAUCAACCAUCAAAUCUCAGUGUUCGUUCUAAAAAGCUAUUCUGCUUUUUGAUGGUUGUUGAUGAGGUAUCCCUUGAUUUCAUUAAGCAAAAUGUUACUGUUAGAGAAGGCAGUGAUGGAGGAAAAUGGGUCGGCAUUUGGCGCCUUGUGACACUACACCAUCCUCCCUAUGAUGAACCUAGAAGGAACGGGAAAGUUCCUAAGAUACUAACUCAUAGGUUAUUUCCUCAUGCUCGGUAUAGUAUUUGGAUUGAUGGUAAAAUGGAGCUUAUUGUUGACCCUUUACUAAUGCUUGAAAGAUAUCUCUGGCGAGGAAAGCAUACAUUUGCAAUCGCUUGCCACAAACAUCACAAAAGUAUCUAUGAGGAAGCUGACGCAAUCAAACGAAGGAAGCGGUAUGCCCGGCCACUGAUUGAUUUGCACAUGAAAAUUUAUCGCUAUGAAGGAAUGGAGAUGUGGAGCCUUAAAAAAGGGACAAUCAGUGAUGUGCCAGAGGGUGCAGUCAUAAUACGGGAGCACACGACAAUGACCAAUUUGUUCAGCUGUCUUUGGUUCAAUGAGGUCAAUCUCUUCACGCCACGGGAUCAACUCAGUUUCGGCUACGUGGUGCACAGAUUAGAAGGAGCAUUCAAGUUUUUCAUGUUCCCCAACUGUGAAUACAACUCAUUGUUCAUAUUGCAUAGGCACAUUCGGGAACAUUCUUCUGUUAUCGAAUGGGUUAAAUCCCUAGAUGAAUUUAAGGGAAACCAGAGUGGACUUAAGGAAACCAGGGGAGGACUAGGGCUGUGGACACCUUAUCCAGGGGACCUCAGAUCCGUCGAACUUCCUUCCGUUAAGAGAACAUCGCCUGCAGGAUGAUCAUGCAAAAUCUAUCCAUGUUAUAUAUAUUUUCUGUGAUCCUAUCAGCAAGAUUUGUUAUCAAGGAACAUUUUUUGCAGCCUGGUAACAUCCUCAACCCUUUACCCUAUUUGUUGUAAUCACCUGAGCUCCCAGAAAUUCCAGUUGCACGUUUGUCAUGUCCAGCAAAUUCCAAGGUAAAAUGCUUAUACCUGCACUUAUAUUUUCUGUGAUAUUGUUGCAAAUUUUAGUGCUCUACUUGAGAAAUUUUUGAACUUUGCCAUUGUUAAUA